AUGUCCUCGAUCUCCCAAGCCGCUUUACAAAACCUUGAUGAACCUUCAAGAAAGGAAAUAAUGCAAUUCAUCGAAUCUGAGAAUUCGAAGUCCAAGGUUCAGAUGUCAAUUCACUCGUUCACUGAUAUGUGCUUCAAGAAAUGUAAUGCUCACAAGCCUAUCACUAGUGGGACUUUAGAUUUUGCAGAAGAACAAUGUUUGACAAAUUGUUUAAACAGAUUUUUGGAUACCAACAUUAAGGUUGUACAGGCUUUACAAGGUGCUCAAAAAUAA